CCGGCCAAUGAAACUGAAGGCCCUGCCCUCCAUGCCCAGCUCUGAUUGGCCUAGAAUCCCGGAACAGGCGUUAACCCCGGGAAGGCAGUGGCAAGAUGGCUUCCUUGGAUCGGGUGAAGGUACUGGUAUUAGGAGAUUCAGGUGUUGGGAAAUCAUCAUUAGUCCAUCUUCUAUGCCAGAAUCAGGUGCUGGAAAAUCCAUCAUGGACUGUGGGCUGCUCGGUGGAUGUCAGAGUUCAUGACUACAAAGAAGGAACCCCAGAAGAGAAGACCUACUAUAUAGAAUUAUGGGAUGUUGGAGGCUCAGUGGGCAGUGCCAGCAGUGUGAAAAGCACAAGAGCAGUAUUCUACAACUCUGUAAAUGGUAUUAUUUUAGUCCAUGACUUAACAAAUAAGAAGUCAUCUCAAAACUUGUAUCGUUGGUCAUUGGAAGCUCUUAACAGGGAUUUGGUGCCAACUGGAGUCUUGGUGACAAAUGGGGAUUAUGAUCGAGAACAGUUUGCUGAUAACCAAAUCCCACUAUUGGUAAUAGGGACUAAACUGGACCAGAUUCAUGAAACCAAGCGCCAUGAAGUUUUAACUAGGACUGCUUUCCUGGCUGAGGAUUUCAAUGCAGAAGAGAUUAAUUUGGUCAAAAGUUUGUCUCUUCUUAUAUGCCCCAACUGGUAUAGAAAUGUGUUCAAACAUCAUUUCAAAUACAGUAGUUUUUACAAUGAUGUUUCAGUCUAUAUAAUCCAUAUAUGGAAUUAUCUUUAUUAUGGUAAGUGCUUUUUGUGCCUGAAAAUUCAAUCUGAUAACAUUUUCUUAAAUUGAAGGGAGAAGGAAAUUGAUAUUUCAAUACCUGCUAUGUCCACACAUGGAUUAUCUCAUUUAAUAUUCAAAAAAAAUCCUAUGGGUUAAAGUAUUGUUAUUCCCAUUCCACAAAUGAGUAUGCCCAACUUCAGAGGUUUAGUAACCUAAGCAAUGUUACAAUACAAUCUUAGAAAUGUUAGGACAGAUAUUCAGAUUCAGAGGUUGCUGGCUCGAUGAUCCCUGAGUUUUGAAAAAUUUGCUAUAGUCUCUUUUUUGUAGUUUUAGAGAAUGUAUUAUAGUUUCCAGCCAAAAUUUAAAAUGUGAGCCUUGAAAUGUUGCAUAUGAAUAAAAUAAGUAAUUGUUCGUAAAUUCAUUAGAAAGGAUUCAUGUGGGCCUAGAGUUGUCAAAAUAUAAUUAAAUGCAACAAUAAUUUCAGUAAUUUCUCAAGGACCACAGAGGGUCUGUAGCUGAAAGACAGAUAUCAUCCUUGCAAAGGAGCCUACAUGCUAUCCUCAUAAUUUAGUCUUAGGUAGCAUUUGAGGUAAAAAAUCAAAGUACUCUGUUUCUUGAGGUGGCAAGAAAAAAACAAUGCAACACUGGAAUUCCAGAGAAGGGUAGUAAGCCUUUUAAGGUCUUUGCAAAGUUAUUGUAAUGAUUUAAUGUUUCACAUUGUUUUGUUUCUUCUGAACCCAUUUUUUCCCUAUUUUAAAAAAUCCUGUCAAACAGUAGUAAUAUAUCUAUUGUUUAUUAUCAAAAACAAUAUAUCUUUGUGACCUACUAGGAGAUGAAGUACCUUGUGUCCAAUGAGUGAGAAAUCCCUGGCAACUGUUCUGUUUGUUCUUUGCCUCCAUAAACCCUUAUUUUCAUGCUUCCUGCUAGUCAUAUGAAUUAUACAGUACUUAAUUAGUUGAGCAGUGAUAAGUAACUAGUACUAAAAAGUGAAGUGUUUACUGUUUUUAAUGGCUCUAGUCUGGUUUUCAGAGUAAAUGUAGGUAGUCACUUGAUUAAUACCUUGGUUUUGUUGUUGGUAAAAUAUUAGUAAUCUUGUUUUCCUCUAUGAAUUAUUUGAUUAUAACUACAUUGAUUCAGUCAGUAUACCCUAAAAUUACUUAAAUGACAAAGAGUAAGUGGCCUUAUCUUCUUCCUUUAGUGCUCUCUGCCUUGCUUCACGCAUCAUAAUUUGAAAAUUAGCAAAUAUUUUAUGAGAGUAUUAUGCCUAAAGUAAUGUGAAACAGGAAAGGUUAUGACUAACAA